GGGGAGAGGAAAAGGCGAGGGGUGGUAGAAGAAAGCAAUCAAGUCGGUUUGUGGGGGCGCGAGGAAGCGAGCGAGCGAGAGAGAGAGAAAGAGAUGGAGAGAGAUCAUGACUCCUGAUCUCCUCUUAAUAUUUAUCAUUCUUGGAAGGAGAAGCAAGGAAGCGGACUCCAUUCCUCUCCCCUAAAUCUCUCUUCUCUCUCCCCUCCAUUGCUCUGCCUUCCCACAUCUAUAUCGACUUUCGUCCCGGUCGGCGAUGAGAAAGGCGCGGGCAGCGGGGACCACAGCGAUGGCGGCGGCGGCCGCGGGAGGAGCCGGAUCGGUGAAGGAGGCGCGGUUCCGCGGCGUGAGGAAGCGGCCGUGGGGGCGGUUCGCGGCGGAGAUCCGGGACCCCUGGAAGAAGAGCCGCGUCUGGCUCGGCACCUUCGACUCCGCGGAGGAUGCAGCUCGCGCCUACGAUGCCGCCGCCCGCGCCCUCCGCGGCCCCAAAGCCAAGACCAACUUCCCCCUCCCCGCCGGCUCCCCCCUCCCCCCUCCCCCUCCUUUCCCCUCCUCCACCGCCGUCGCCCCCGUCGCCGGAUUUCCCUUCCCCCACCACCACCGCCACCACCAUGAUCCAGACUCGUCUCCCGAUCUUCCGCCUCCGCACCGGCCGACGUCCAGCAGCCUGAGCAGCACCGUGGAGUCCUUCAGCGGGCCCCGGCUGUCGGCGCCGCCUCUCCCCGUCCGGUCGAACUCCCAUCUCCGGCGGCGGGCCAAGCCGCCGCCACCGCCCCGCGUCCUUUCCGGCGAUCAGGACUGCCACAGCGACUGCGGCUCCUCUUCCUCCGUCAUCGACGACGGAGACAUCGCCUCCGCCUUCCGGCAGCCGCUGCCGUUCGAUCUGAACCUCCUCCCUCCCUCCGACGACGACUUCCACGCCACCACGCUCCGUCUCUGAUGCUCGAUGCCACGGCCGAGAAGAAAGAGAAAAAGAAAGGAAAGAAAAAAUAGAAUUGCUUCCUUUUCUUCUCUAUCUCUUCUUUUCAUAAUUCCCUACAAUCUAUUUUUUUUCUUUUUUCACCCUCUGAUCAUUUUGUAUGAGGGUUUGGGACUUGGCUUUGGAUAACGAACUCUAUUUAGAUGGGUAGAGGUUUCAGGAUCGGAUGGUGUCGAGUCGGAUCUGGGGUUUGUCUCUGAUCUUCUCCUUUCUUUCUUCUUUGUAAAAAAGGAUAUCUAUCUGAUUCGAUGAAUGAGAAAGAAAACUAGAACAUCAAUCUAAGUUGAUUCUCUCC